AUGGAACAGGCGGAUCCCCAGGGACCUGGGCCGGCCGUGCCCCUCUCGGUACAGCCCGGCCGCUUCCCAGAAGGCAUUGCACCCGGGCCGGGCUUCUGCAUGCCAGGCCUGUCCUCCAUGGGACAGAGGCCUCUGCAGAGGGAGCGCAGCCCUGCCCCAAUCUGGGGUGCUCUGCCAGGCUGCCCAGUUUGCCUGAGGAGGGUCCGGGGGCAUCGGGAGGGCAGAGGAACCCAGGAGCCUCCCCUGGAGGCGUGGACGGCUCCGCCGGACUACGUGGCCGCCAGCUCGCAGCCGGACGACUAUGGCCACGCCAUGACCUCCCAGCGGGUGACCCUCAUCCCCCCGGGCACCGUGGCCCCUAUCGCGCAGGCCUGGAACCCUCCCCACAGCGGCCGCGUGUGCAGCACGUGGGGCCGCUUCCACUUCAAGACCUUCGACGGCGCCGUCUUCCGCUUCCCCGGCCUCUGCAAUUACGUCCUGGCCGCGCACUGCCGCGCCGCCUACGAGGACUUCAACGUCCAGCUUCGGCGCGCCCUGCUCGGGGAGACGCCCACCAUCGGCCGCAUCGUCGUCCGGACGGAGGGGACGGUCGUGGAGGUGUCCCCCGGCGCCAUCCUGAUCAACGGGCUCCGGGAGCCGCUGCCCUACAGCCGCUCGGGGGUCACCGUGGAGACGAGCAGCGGCUACGUGCGGGUCACCGUGAGGACCGUCCUGACCCUCCUGUGGAACGGGGACGACGGCGCCCUGCUGGAACUGGAUGCGAAAUACGCCAACAGGACGUGUGGGCUCUGCGGGGACUUCAACGGCCUCUCGACGUACAACGAGUUCUACUCCAACAAUGUCAGGCUGACCACUUGGCAGUUUGGGAACCUGCAGAAGUUAGAUGGACCCAACGAACAGUGUGAGGACGCCACGUCCUCGCCGACGAGCAACUGCACAGACGAGGAGAGCAGCUGCCUGAGCGUCCUGAACGGCCCGGCCUUCGCGGGGUGCCACCAGCUGGUGGAUCCCAGGCCCUACGUGGAGGCCUGUAUGCAGGACCUCUGUGGAUGCCAAGAAGCUAACCAGUCCUCCUGCCUUUGUGCCACCUUCUCGGAGUACUCACGGCAGUGCGCCCAUGCAGGCGGGCAGCCCCUCAACUGGCGGAGCCAGAACCUGUGCGGCAAGACAUGCCCUUCCAACAUGCAAUAUCAUGAGUGCGGCUCCCCUUGUGUGGAUAGCUGCUCCAACCCCGAGCAGUCCCAGCUCUGCGAGGACCACUGUGUGGACGGCUGCUUCUGCCCCCCAGGGACCGUCCUGGAUGACAUCGAGGGCCAGGGCUGUGUGCCCCUGAGCCAGUGUCACUGCACCCACAAGGGCCAGUCCUACAAGCCCGGAGGCUCCUUCUCCACGCCCUGCCGCACUUGCACCUGCCUUUCCGGCCUCUGGCACUGCGAGGAACUCCCGUGCCCAGGUAUGUGCUCAGUGGAUGGUGGCUCCCACAUCACCACCUUCGACCAGAAGCGUUACAACAUCCACGGGGACUGCAGCUAUGUCUUGUCCAAGAAAUGUGCGGAUGCUGCCUUCACCAUCCUGGGGGAGCUGCGCAAGUGUGGCCUGACGGACAACGAGAACUGCCUCAAGUCAGUGACCCUGAACCUGCACGGGGGCGAGACGGUCAUUCGAGUCCAGUCCAACGGAGCCGUGUUUGUGAACUCCAUCUACUCCCAGCUGCCCAUCUCGGCAGCCAACAUCACCGUAUUCCAGCCCUCCACCUACUUCGUCCUGGUCCACGCGGCCUUCGGCCUGCUUCUGCAGAUCCAGCUGGUGCCCAUCAUGCAGGUGUCUGUGCAGCUGGAUCCCUCCUUCCGGGGCCAGAUGUGCGGCCUGUGUGGAAACUUCAACCAGAACCAGGCGGAUGACUUCACGGCCAUCAGCGGGGUGGUGGAAGGGACGGGAGCAGCCUUCGCCAACACCUGGAAGACCCAGGCUGACUGUGCCAACGUCAAGAACAGCUUUGAGAACCCGUGCUCACUCAGCGUUGAGAAUGAAAACUAUGCCCAGCACUGGUGCUCCCUGCUGACGGACCCCAAUGGCACCUUCUCCCAAUGCCACUCCAUCGUGAGCCCUGCUCCCUACUACAAGAACUGCAUGUUCGACACGUGCAACUGUGAGAAGAGCGAGGACUGUCUGUGUGCGGCGCUCUCUUCCUACGUGCGAGCCUGCGCCGCCCGGGGAGUGGUGCUGAGCGGCUGGAGGGCCAGAGUCUGCACCAAGUACAUGGACAGCUGUCCAAGCUCCCUGAGCUACAGCUACGUGGUGGAGUCGUGCCAGCGCACGUGCCGGUCCCUGAGUGAGCCCGACGUCACCUGCAGCGUCCGCUUCAGCCCCCUGGACGGCUGCGUCUGCCCCGGGGACACGUACCUCAGCGAGGAGGGCCGCUGCGUGCCGGCCGCCCAGUGCCCCUGCUACUUUAAGGGCAGCCUGGUGGCGCUGGGGGAAACCGUCCAGGAGAACGGCGUCGUGUGUUCUUGCUCCGGCGGGAAGCUGAGCUGCUUCGGAGCCACAGAUGACAGCCCAGUGUGCAGGGCUCCCAUGAUCUACCUGGACUGCAGCAACGCCUCGGCAGGGACCCCGGGGGCCGCUUGCCAGAAAAGUUGUGACACCCUGGACGUGGCCUGUUACAACACCCAGUGUGUGCCCGGCUGCGUCUGCCCCAACGGUCUGGUGAAGGAUGGGCACGACCGCUGCGUGAAGGCAGAAGACUGCCCCUGUGUUCACAAUGAGGCCUCCUACCAGUCAGGGGAGACCAUCCGAGUGGACUGCAACAACUGCACCUGCAGAAAUCGGAGGUGGGAGUGUACCCAAGCCCUGUGCCUGGGCACAUGCUCUGUGUACGGAGACGGGCACUUCAUCACCUUCGAUGGCGAGCGCUAUGCCUUCGAGGGGAACUGCGAGUACAGCCUGGCCCAGGACUACUGCGGUGGGAGCCCCGGCACCAACGGCUCCUUCCGUGUGAUCACCGAGAACAUCCCGUGCGGCACCACAGGCGUCACCUGCUCCAAGGCCAUCAAAGUGUUCCUCGGGGGAACCGAGCUGAUAUUCAACGAGGGUGUGGUGAAGGUGGUGGAGAGAGCGCUGGGCGAGGAGGUCCCGUACAAGCUCCACUCGAGAGGCAUCUACCUGGUCCUGGAGACGCUGGCAGGCCUGGUCCUGAUGUGGGACCGCAAAACCAGCAUCUUCAUCAAGCUGCAGCCGCGCCACAAGGGGAAGGUCUGUGGGCUCUGCGGGAACUACGACGGCAACAGCGUCAACGACUUCACCACCAGGAGCCUCUCGGUGGUGGGCGACGUGCAGGAGUUUGGCAACAGCUGGAAGAUCUCCCCGUCGUGCCCGGAUGCCGCCUCCCCCAGGGACCCCUGCACCGCCAACCCUUACCGCAAGGCCUGGGCCCAGAAGCAGUGCAGCCUCAUCAACAGCGACGUCUUUGCUGCCUGCCACUCUCAGGUGGACGCCACCAAGUACUACGAGGCCUGCGUGUCCGACGCCUGCGCCUGUGACUCUGGCGGGGACUGCGAGUGCUUCUGCACGGCCGUGGCCGCCUAUGCGCAGGCCUGCAAUGACGUGGGUGUCUGCGUGUCCUGGAGGAAGCCCGACGUCUGUCCUAUGUUCUGCGACUUCUACAACCCCCACGGAGAGUGUGACUGGCACUACCAGCCGUGUGGAGCACCUUGUCUGAAGACCUGCCGCAACCCAAGUGGGAAGUGCUUGGUGAACUUACCUGGGCUAGAAGGCUGCUACCCAAACUGCCCCGCUGAGAAACCUUUCUUCAGUGAAGACGAGAUGAAGUGUGUGGACCAGUGUGGCUGUUAUGAUGAGGAUGGCAACUAUUACAAAGUGGGAGACCGAGUCACGAGUCUAGCUAAUUGCCAGAGCUGUAACUGCACUACGAGCGGCAUACAAUGUGUCCAGGACCAGAAUGAGUGCACCUGCUUGUAUGAGGGUCACACGUACCAUUUCCACGAGGUCAUCUACAACACCACUGAUGGCCUGGGGGCCUGCCUCAUUGCCAUCUGUGGAGAUAAUGGAGAGAUCAAGCGAAUGUCUGAAGACUGCCCGGUGACACCCUCCACCACCGUGCCAUUCACCUUCACUACCAGUGGCGUACCACGGUCCACCGCAGGGCCCACACCCACCAUCUCAGCCACUUCCACUGUGUGUGUACGAGAAGCCUGUGAGUGGUCUGACUGGUAUGACAGCAGCACGCCGGAAUCAGGGCUGACAAGUGGGGACUUUGACACAUUUGAAAACCUACAGCUAAGCGGAUACCAAGUCUGCCCUGCUGCCCGUGAUGUAGAGUGUAGGGCCCGGGCAUUUCCUGGCAUGUCACUAGAAGAAGUGGGACAGAAGGUGGAGUGCAGCCGGUCCCGUGGGCUGCUAUGCUACAAUGUAGAACAGGACCCACCCUUGUGCCAUGACUAUGAGAUCCGGAUGUUGUGCUGCCGCUACGUGCCCUGUGAAGGGUCCACAGCCUUGAUGACCAGUCCAUCAGUCACAAAAUCCACAACCACAGCUGCACCUUCUACAGCCUUGACCUCACGGAUAUGGUCCACCCCCACUGGGGCCAAUACUACUAGUGUGGCCUGCCAGCCUCGGUGUGAAUGGUCUGAGUGGUUUGAUACGGAUUACCCCAAGUCAGGAGCAUUUGGGGGGGACAUAGAGACAUAUGACAAGAUCAGGAGCACAGGGAAAACCUUCUGCCAGAAACCCCUGGAAAUCCAAUGCCAGGCAGAGAACUUCCCUAACAUUCCUAUUGAGAAAUUAGGACAGGUUGUCUUUUGUGAUGUUCACUAUGGCCUCAUCUGCAAUAAUAAAGAACAACCAGGAUUGUUCAAAAUAUGCCAAAACUACAAGAUCAGGGUUCUGUGUUGUGAUGACAGCCAUUGCAUUGGAAAGACUUCAGCCACCCCACCAGCACCCACACCACAACUGACCACCAGCCUGGGGACUGGCACCACAGCACAACUACCCCUCACUACCAUACCUCUAGUGACAGAGAGCAGCCCAGCCACCACUGCAACCCAACAGUCCACAGGUUCACCUCCAAGCCCAACAAGAACCACGACCACUGCAUCGCCAUCAACAUCUACUUCAGCUCCCCCAACUCCCAACACUGCCAUCGGCAGCACAGCAAGGACCUCACGAGUGCCAGUAUCAACUUCCGUGGCUACCACGACCAAGAUGGUGGUGACAACAGCAACUUCUCCCAGCCCAACGCAGACCACGGUCAAGGCAAGUUCUCCCCACAUCCAUUUAUCUACAGAAGCAACACAAAGAACACAGAGGACUCCCAAGACUCCAUCAUUAGCUACCACAAGCCUGGGAACAGAGAGCAGCCCAGCCACCACUGCAACCCAACAGUCCACAGGUUCACCUCCAAGCCCAACAAGAACCACGACCACUGCAUCGCCAUCAAUGUCUACUUCAGCUCCCCCAACUCCCAACACUGCCAUCGGCAGCACAGCAAGGACCUCACGAGUGCCAGUAUCAACUUCCGUGGCUACAACGACCAAGAUGGUGGUGACAACAGCAACUUCUCCCAGCCCAACGCAGACCACGGUCAAGGCAAGUUCUCCCCACAUCCAUUUAUCUACAGAAGCAACACAGACAACACAGAGAACACCCCAGACGCCCAAGACUCCAUCAUUAGCUACCACAAGCCUGGGAACAGAGAGCAGCCCAGCCACCACUGCAACCCAACAGUCCACAGGUUCACCUCCAAGCCCAACAAGAACCACGACCACUGCAUCGCCAUCAACAUCUACUUCAGCUCCCCCAACUCCCAACACUGCCAUCGGCAGCACAGCAAGGACCACACGAGUGCCAGUAUCAACUUCCGUGGCUACAACGACCAAGAUGGUGGUGACAACAGCAACUUCUCCCAGCCCAACGCAGACCACGGUCAAGGCAAGUUCUCCCCACAUCCAUUUAUCUACAGAAGCAACACAGACAACACAGAGAACACCCCAGACGCCCAAGACUCCAUCAUUAGCUACCACAAGCCUGGGAACAGAGAGCAGCCCAGCCACCACUGCAACCCAACAGUCCACAGGUUCACCUCCAAGCCCAACAAGAACCACGACCACUGCAUCGCCAUCAACAUCUACUUCAGCUCCCCCAACUCCCAACACUGCCAUCGGCAGCACAGCAAGGACCACACGAGUACCAGUAUCAACUUCCGUGGCUACAACGACCAAGAUGGUGGUGACAACAGCAACUUCUCCCAGCCCAACACAGACCACAGUCAAGGCAAGUUCUCCCCGCAUCCAUUUAUCUACAGAAGCAACACGGACAACACAAAGAACACAGAGGACUCCCAAGACUCCAUCAUUAGCUACCACAAGCCUGGGAACAGAGAGCAGCCCAGCCACCACUGCAACCCAACAGUCCACAGGUUCACCUCCAAGCCCAACAAGAACCACGACCACUGCAUCGCCAUCAACAUCUACUUCAGCUCCCCCAACUCCCAACACUGCCAUCGGCAGCACAGCAAGGACCUCACGAGUGCCAGUAUCAACUUCCGUGGCUACAACGACCAAGAUGGUGGUGACAACAGCAACUUCUCCCAGCCCAACGCAGACCACGGUCAAGGCAAGUUCUCCCCACAUCCAUUUAUCUACAGAAGCAACAUGGACAACAAAGCGUCAGUCUACAUACUCAGAGAUCUCGAUAGCCCCAAUGCGACUGAGCACAACUUUGGGGCCACAGACUACUACACCAGGUCCUCUUGGCCCCACAUCUACAUUCAUAACCACCUCACCAAGGCCACUCCCACAGGUCACAACCCGAGGCUCUACUCCCUGUCAACCAAAGUGUGAGUGGACAGAAUGGUUUGAUAUGGACUUCCCAACUUCUGGAAUCAAAGGGGGAGACAUUGAAACAUAUGAAAACAUCAGGAAGGCAGGAGGAAAUAUUUGUCAAGAGCCCAAAAAACUUGAGUGUCGAGCUGAAAAUUACUCUGAGGUAAGCAUUGACCAGAUCGGACAGGUUGUGCAAUGCAACCCCAAAUUUGGGCUGAUCUGCAGAAAUGAGGAUCAAAAGGGGAAAUUCAAUAUGUGCUUUAAUUACAACAUCCGUGUGUUGUGCUGUGAUGACUACACAAACUGCACUGCCACAGUAACAGGGCAAACAACGCAAACAAGCUUCCCUUCCUCACCGACCUCCAAGACAAUAGAGCCAACACAGACUCCAUCGACAACACUGAGCACCUCCUCUUCAACACUGACGACAUCUACAAAGCCCAUUUGGACUCCCCAAAGGGUUUCUGUGCCAGGCAGGAACAUAACCCAUACUUCCUCAGGACCUCAGGGCACAACUUUGAAAUUUACUAGUUCCAAGCCCUUGUCAGCCCCAAUCUUAACAAAAAAUAGUCCCCUGACCUCUGGUCAAUCCACAACAACAAGAACCUCCCCAUCUCCGACAAGCGCAGCGUCCACGGAAUCGGCAACCUGGACGACAUCCUCCACCAGCAUCACAACCGUGUCUGCCGGCUCCACGUCCUCGGGCACCUCCUCUCUCGCCCCAAAUGUGAAGACGGCGGGCACCAAGCCAACACAACUCACACCGGGCAGGACCAAGGAAGCUACCAGCUCGGUGACACCCUCCAACCCAUCACCUACUGGCCCUACAGCAACAACCCCUGCAGGAACCUCCCCUCUGGGGUCCACCACAGCAGGACCAAGCACCUUGUCACCAUCACACUCCACUGGGGUCACCACACUGACAAAGACGACUCCCGGGUCCCUGGGUACAGCCGCCAGCAUGGUGACAACAACCCCAGAGUGCCGGCCCAGGUGUGUGUGGACGGACUGGUUUGACCACAGCUACCCCAUCCCCGGAGAAGAUGGCGGAGACUUUGAGACCUACGACAACCUCCGGGCCGCAGGGGAAACCAUCUGCGAGGAGCCUCAGGCCAUCCAGUGCCGGGCAGAGAAGUACUCGAGUACCCCCCUCAGUCAAGUGAAACAGGUUGUGCAGUGCAACGUCAGUUUUGGUCUGAUCUGCAGAAACCGGGACCAGGAUGGACUCACCAAGUACUGCCUGAACUAUCACUUCCGGGUGCUCUGCUGUGAUGACUACAGUCACUGCGCAACCACGCCAUCGACACCGCUUACCACCAUGUCUACCACGUCCCCAACAGGCUCGACCUUAACCUCACUCGAAGCAUCAUCUUCCAUCCCCGCCACGAGUACCCUCAAACCUUCCACACAAGCCACGUCUUAUGCCACUGGCACCAGCCAGGAAGUUACCUCAGCUUAUCCCGUGCCUACUCUGACUUCCAGGAAGACUUCCCCUGGGCUCGUGCUCACCACACACACUACUUCUGAGUCUCCAGGGACCCGCUCUCUGUCCUCAACCAUGACUGGAGGAGCCACACUCUCGCUGUCUCCCGUCCCCAGCAGCACAGUCACCCACACCGCGCCUACGUCUACAGGGCUGACCUCUUCAAAGGGGCCCUCCACCCAUUCAGCGUUCAGCAGUCCAGCCCCGGCAUCCACCACCUGUACACCCAUCUGCACUUGGACGGACUGGCUUGACCACAGCUACCCCAUCCCUGGAGAAGAUGGCGGAGACUUUGAGACCUACGCCAACCUCCGGGCCGCAGGGGAAACCAUCUGCGAGGAGCCUCAGGCCAUCCAGUGUCGGGCAGAGAAGUUCAUGGACAAGCCCAUCGGUGAAGUGGGACAAGUGGUAAAAUGUCACGUGGGCACUGGACUGGUCUGCAAUAACCAAGACCAGACUGGAAGGUUUAAAAUGUGCCUCAAUUACCACGUCAGGGUGCUCUGCUGCGAUUACACCCAUUGCCCUACAACAGCCAGAUCAACAACCACACCUUACAUUAGUACUCUGUCUACUGCGGAAACCCCGCCUGGGACCACCCCGCUGUUAUCCACCCCCUUCACCAUCACCACCACCACCACUGGCGGCGGUGUGCCCACGGGCAGCACGAUGCCCACCACGGGCUGUGUGCCCCGGUGUCGGUGGACAGAUUGGUUUGACACUGACAAACCCCAACCAGGCAGGUUUGGGGGGGAUAUUGAGACUUAUUACAGCAUCAUGGACGCCGGGGGCAACAUCUGUCUGGAGCCCAUAGCCAUCGAGUGCCAGUCACUGCUCCAUCCAGACUUGCCACUUGAGCAGCUCAGGCAGGUGGUGCGAUGCAACGUCGAUUAUGGCUUAAUCUGCAGAAACAGUCAACAGAAGGCUCCUCAGACAACCUGCCUCAACUACCAAAUCCGAGUGUUGUGCUGUGACGACUACAGUCACUGUGGGACAACCGCAUCUCUGACAAGCGCAGCGUCCACGGAAUCGGCAACCUGGACGACAUCCUCCACCAGCAUCACAACCGUGUCUGCCGGCUCCACGUCCUCGGGCACCUCCUCUCACGCCCCAAAUGUGAAGACAGCGGGCACCAAGCCAACACAACUCACACCGGGCAGGACCGAGGAAGCUACCAGCUCGGUGACACCCUCCAACCCAUCACCUACUGGCCCUACAGCAACAACCUCUGCAGGAACCUCCCCUCUGGGGUCCACCACAGCAGGACCAAGCACCUUGUCACCAUCACACUCCACUGGGGUCACCACACUGACAAAGACGACUCCCGGGUCCCUGGGUACAGCCGCCAGCAUGGUGACAACAACCCCAGAGUGCCGGCCCAGGUGUGUGUGGACGGACUGGUUUGACCACAGCUACCCCAUCCCCGGAGAAGAUGGCGGAGACUUUGAGACCUACGACAACCUCCGGGCCGCAGGGGAAACCAUCUGCGAGGAGCCUCAGGCCAUCCAGUGCCGGGCAGAGAAGUACUCGAGUACCCCCCUCAGUCAAGUGAAACAGGUUGUGCAGUGCAACGUCAGUUUUGGUCUGAUCUGCAGAAACCGGGACCAGGAUGGACUCACCAAGUACUGCCUGAACUAUCACUUCCGGGUGCUCUGCUGUGAUGACUACAGUCACUGCGCAACCACGCCAUCGACACCGCUUACCACCAUGUCUACCACGUCCCCAACAGGCUCGACCUUAACCUCACUCGAAGCAUCAUCUUCCAUCCCCGCCACGAGUACCCUCAAACCUUCCACACAAGCCACGUCUUAUGCCACUGGCACCAGCCAGGAAGUUACCUCAGCUUAUCCCGUGCCUACUCUGACUUCCAGGAAGACUUCCCCUGGGCUCGUGCUCACCACACACACUACUUCUGAGUCUCCAGGGACCCGCUCUCUGUCCUCAACCAUGACUGGAGGAGCCACACUCUCGCUGUCUCCCGUCCCCAGCAGCACAGUCACCCACACCGCGCCUACGUCUACAGGGCUGACCUCUUCAAAGGGGCCCUCCACCCAUUCAGCGUUCAGCAGUCCAGCCCCGGCAUCCACCACCUGUACACCCAUCUGCACUUGGACGGACUGGCUUGACCACAGCUACCCCAUCCCUGGAGAAGAUGGCGGAGACUUUGAGACCUACGCCAACCUCCGGGCCGCAGGGGAAACCAUCUGCGAGGAGCCUCAGGCCAUCCAGUGUCGGGCAGAGAAGUUCAUGGACAAGCCCAUCGGUGAAGUGGGACAAGUGGUAAAAUGUCACGUGGGCACUGGACUGGUCUGCAAUAACCAAGACCAGACUGGAAGGUUUAAAAUGUGCCUCAAUUACCACGUCAGGGUGCUCUGCUGCGAUUACACCCAUUGCCCUACAACAGCCAGAUCAACAACCACACCUUACAUUAGUACUCUGUCUACUGCGGAAACCCCGCCUGGGACCACCCCGCUGUUAUCCACCCCCUUCACCAUCACCACCACCACCACUGGCGGCGGUGUGCCCACGGGCAGCACGAUGCCCACCACGGGCUGUGUGCCCCGGUGUCGGUGGACAGAUUGGUUUGACACUGACAAACCCCAACCAGGCAGGUUUGGGGGGGAUAUUGAGACUUAUUACAGCAUCAUGGACGCCGGGGGCAACAUCUGUCUGGAGCCCAUAGCCAUCGAGUGCCAGUCACUGCUCCAUCCAGACCUGCCACUUGAGCAGCUCAGGCAGGUGGUGCGAUGCAACGUCGAUUAUGGCUUAAUCUGCAGAAACAGUCAACAGAAGGCUCCUCAGACAACCUGCCUCAACUACCAAAUCCGAGUGUUGUGCUGUGACGACUACAGUCACUGUGGGACAACCGCAUCUCUGACAAGCGCAGCGUCCAUGGAAUCGGCAACCUGGACGACAUCCUCCACCAGCAUCACAACCGUGUCUGCCGGCUCCACGUCCUCGGGCACCUCCUCUCUCGCCCCAAAUGUGAAGACAGCGGGCACCAAGCCAACACAACUCACACCGGGCAGGACCGAGGAAGCUACCAGCUCGGUGACACCCUCCAACCCAUCACCUACUGGCCCUACAGCAACAACCUCUGCAGGAACCUCCCCUCUGGGGUCCACCACAGCAGGACCAAGCACCUUGUCACCAUCACACUCCACUGGGGUCACCACACUGACAAAGACGACUCCCGGGUCACUGGGUACAGCCGCCAGCAUGGUGACAACAACCCCAGAGUGCCGGCCCAGGUGUGUGUGGACGGACUGGUUUGACCACAGCUACCCCAUCCCCGGAGAAGAUGGCGGAGACUUUGAGACCUACGACAACCUCCGGGCCGCAGGGGAAACCAUCUGCGAGGAGCCUCAGGCCAUCCAGUGCCAGGCAGAGAAGUACUCGAGUACCCCCCUCAGUCAAGUGAAACAGGUUGUGCAGUGCAACGUCAGUUUUGGUCUGAUCUGCAGAAACCGGGACCAGGAUGGACUCACCAAGUACUGCCUGAACUAUCACUUCCGGGUGCUCUGCUGUGAUGACUACAGUCACUGCGCAACCACGCCAUCGACACCGCUUACCACCAUGUCUACCACGUCCCCAACAGGCUCGACCUUAACCUCACUCGAAGCAUCAUCUUCCAUCCCCGCCACGAGUACCCUCAAACCUUCCACACAAGCCACGUCUUAUGCCACUGGCACCAGCCAGGAAGUUACCUCAGCUCAUCCCGUGCCUACUCUGACUUCCAGGAAGACUUCCCCUGGGCUCGUGCUCACCACACACACUACUUCUGAGUCUCCAGGGACCCGCUCUCUGUCCUCAACCAUGACUGGAGGAGCCACACUCUCGCUGUCUCCCGUCCCCAGCAGCACAGUCACCCACACCGCGCCUACGUCUACAGGGCUGACUUCUUCAAAGGGGCCCUCCACCCAUUCAGCGUUCAGCAGUCCAGCCCCGGCAUCCACCACCUGUACACCCAUCUGCACUUGGACGGACUGGCUUGACCACAGCUACCCCAUCCCUGGAGAAGAUGGCGGAGACUUUGAGACCUACGCCAACCUCCGGGCCGCAGGGGAAACCAUCUGCGAGGAGCCUCAGGCCAUCCAGUGCCGGGCAGAGAAGUACUCGAGUACCCCCCUCAGUCAAGUGAAACAGGUUGUGCAGUGCAACGUCAGUUUUGGUCUGAUCUGCAGAAACCGGGACCAGGAUGGACUCACCAAGUACUGCCUGAACUAUCACCUCCGGGUGCUCUGCUGUGAUGACUACAGUCACUGCGCAACCACGCCACCAAGCGUCUCCACUGCCUCUGUGACCAUCCCUACUCUGCAGACAUCCUCCAUCUCGUCCUUUCCCACGUCUGUCUCCGUGCCUCCUGGGCCACAGACAUCCCCAGUGCCCUCAACCCUCACACCUCCGUGCUUCUGCCUCGUGUCAGGUGACCUGUUUUCUCCCGGUGACGUGAUCUACAACAGGACAGACAAAGCAGGCUGUAGUUUUUUUGCCAUUUGCAACCAACAAUGUGAAAUAGAGAGAUUUAAUGGGCCGUGUCCAACUCCAACACCAUCUGUACCCUCCUCCGCUGUUCCACAAAGCACUCCUCCUCCAGGCUGCUAUGAUGUCCACCCGCCAAGACAGCCUGGAGAGCAGUGGACCAGUAACUGCCAAGACUGCGUCUGUGACAACAGCUCCCUCACGGUGCAAUGUAGACCCGUGCAGUGCCAGGAGCCCACGCCACCCCCCAACUGCCAGAAGGGCUUCACCAUUGUCUACCAACCUCGGGCAGACAAUGCCUGCUGCAUGGAGGCACACUGCGUGUGUGACCCGGCCACUUGCCCACAAGAUCAGCCGAGCUGUCAGCCCCAAGAGGAGCCGUUCAGCUUCCUGCCCGAAGGCGCCUGCUGCCCUGUCUUUGGCUGCCGAGAGAGACAGUGUGAGCACAACGGGACCACGUACGGGAUUGGGUCAACUGUUCCCUCAGACCUGCCCUGCCACACGUGUACCUGUCACGCCGAAGUGAACCCGGACACCAACAGCACGGUGUGGUGUGAGGCCGAGCCCUGCUCGACCGCCUGUGGCCCGGUGAGAGCCCAGCCCCUUCCCUGGCCAGCCUCCCCCUUCAUGGACUUCUCCUGGUCUCCCGGAGGACCCCGAGCUGGCUCAGUGUGGCCAAGGGGCCGUGUCCAGGGGCCCAGAAGCUCUCACGAGGGGGGGAGACGACUGCCAGGGAGCAGCAGGGAGGCGCGAGGGGGCACGUGCCCGGAGCAACAGUCCUGGGGAAGCCGAGAGGGCUGCCAGUGCCGGCAGGACUCAGCCUCUGCUCUCCGCCUCUCGCCGCAGGACCAGGAGUACCAGGUCCUCCCGGGCCAGUGCUGUGGGCAGUGUGUGCCAGCCGUGUGCCUCACCCCAGAUGGGAAGAGGAUUAAGCUCAACGAGACCUGGGUCAACAGCAGCGUGGACAACUGUACAGAAUACCACUGCGAGAAAGUGGACGGCCAGUUCAUGCUGUCGCAGAGACCCGUCGAGUGCCCAGACGUGCCCUCAUGCAAGGGAGUCCUCAGGAAAGUGGGCUGCUGCUAUGAAUGUGAGCACGUCGAAGAAAACUGUGAGGUUCGGUCCAAUGAAACUCUCCUCCGAUACGGCGGCUGCGUGUCGGAGACGGCCGUCCACGUCACCUUCUGCGCUGGGUCGUGCUUCUCCACGUCCAUGUAUUCUCUGGAGGCCAAGGAGAUGCGGAGGCAGUGCACCUGCUGCCACGAGACCCGGGUGCACCAGGAAGAGGUGCGGAUGAGGUGUCCCGACGGCUCGGCCAUCCAGCACAGCUACACACGCGUGGAUGCCUGUGGCUGCACGCCUGCCUGCCAGCCCUCCCACGACGUGGCCUAGGGACCGCGCUGGAGGACUGCAGCCCGGCGUGGACGGAAACUCCCCUGCGAGUCCAGGAAGGGUCCCUGGGCCGCCUUCGCCCGCCGCGCCCCCCAUUCUCCCCAAGAAGGCUGGAGAGUCUUGGGGCUCCCCCCUGGCUGGCCAAAUACCCUGGGGGGCCGGUCCGCUGGGUCAGGUGACGCUCCAGGUUUUCUGGGCUAAUGGACGUAGACUGUGAGCUCCUGGGGAGCAGGGGCCGCUUUCCCUUCGUGUCUGCACCCUGAAAGUGCCUAAUAAAUGCUUACUGACUACU